AUGAAGUCUUGGGAAGCGAUUGUGUUCCUCUUUGUUGCCACAGGACAGGUAUUCGCCGACCUGCCUGCGUUCCCUGAAAAUGCACGUCGCCGGUUUCGGCCUCAGCGACUGAGAUUGUACAGGCUAGUGAGAGAGACGAUCGUGAGUUCUCAUGCCGGUGCCCGUAUCGUGUCCGGCUGGGAGGCCCGGGAAGGCCAGAUCCCGUGGCAACUGUCCCUGCGGAUGGUGAACCCCACCGGCACCGUGAGCGCCUGCGGGGGCUCCGUCAUACACCCAGAGUGGGGCUUCACCGCUGCGCAUUGCACCGCUAACCGCGUAACCAUGGUUAUAAGAGCUGGAGCAGUCAGUCUAUGGCGUCCUGAACUCAUCUUCGAGACCUACGAGUACUACAACCACCCCCUGUACAUUGAGGCCUUGCAAGGCACCGUGCAACCACAUGAUAUAGCCUUAUUGAAGUUCCAACGUAGUAUCACUUUCUCUGAUCGCGUGCAACCCAUCCGAGUGCAGCGCUCAGCGGAGAAGGACCGGAAUUAUGACGGAGUCAGGCUCCAAGCGUCCGGCUGGGGCCGCACGUGGACUGACGGAGCUUCUCCAGAGAACCUGCAGUGGGUCUACCUGCGUGGAGACACAAACGAGCGUUGUCGGGACGCCUAUGUCGGCUUCAACAUAGUCGUGGAUUCCACGAUUUGCGCCAGCGGUUACAACCUCACCAGCCAAUCUACUUGCUCGGGUGAUAGCGGAGGUCCUCUCGUGGAGUUGGAAGAAGACGGCAAAUAUACGCUGGUCGGGGUCACCUCCUUCGUGUCCGUUGACGGUUGUCAUGUCGACGCGCCCGCUGGAUUCAUCCGUCCCGGCCAUUACCACGAUUGGGUCACUCAAGUAACCGGUAUCAACUUCGACAACUGGGAGCUGGAACCACCAAAAAGCUCCAGCGAGUCCGAAUCCAGCGAGUCAAGCUCCAGCGAGUCUAAAUCCAACGAGUCAAUAUCCAGCGAAUCCAAAUCUAGCGAGUCGAACUCCAAUGAAUCUAUCGAGUCUAGUGAAGAAAAAUCAGAAUCGAAGGACUCUUCUGAAUCUAAGGAAAGUAAGGAAACCUCUGAGAGCGAGUCUAAGGAGGAGUCCGAAUCAGAAUCUAAGGAAACCGUCGAGUCUGAAUCCAGGGAAACAGCUGAAGCUGAAUCCCAGGAGACCACAGAAACUGAAUCAAAAGAGACCACUGAGGCUGAAUCUAAUGAAAUCCCUGAGGCCGUAUCCCAAGAAACCAAUGAGACCGAAUCAAAUGAAACGCCUGAAGCCGAGUCCAAGGAGACCGCUGAGGCCGAAUCUAAUGAAACCCCUGAGUCUGAAUCUAAUGAUGAAACCCCUGAGGUCGAAUCGAAUGAAACUCCUGAGGCCGAAUCGAAUGAAUCCUCUGAGGCCGAAUCUAAUGAAACUGAAGUUGAAUCCAAUGAAAUCCCUGAGGCCGUAUCCCAAGAAACCAAUGAGACCGAAUCAAAUGAAACGCCUGAAGCCGAGUCCAAGGAGACCGCUGAGGCCGAAUCUAAUGAAACCCCUGAGUCCGAAUCUAAUGAAAGCCCUGAGACCGAAUCUAAUGAAAGCCCUGAGCCUGAAACCGAAUCGAAUGAAAGCCCUGAGGCCGAAUCUAAUGAACGCCCUGAGGCCGAAUCGAAUGAAACUCCUGAAGCCGAAUCUAAUGAAACUCCUGAGGCCGACUCUAAUGAACGCCCUGAGGCCGAAUCAAAUGAAACCCCUGAGGCCGAAUCUAAUGAAACCCCUGAGGCCGAAUCGAAUGAAACUCCUGAGGCCGAAUCGAAUGAAACUCCCGAGGCCGAAUCGAAUGAAACCCCUGAGGCCGAAUCAAAUGAAAGCCCUGAGGCUAAAUCUAAAGAAACCCCUGAGGCCGAAUCAAAUGAAACCCUUGAGGCCGAAUCAAAUGAAACUCCUGAGGCCGAAUCUAAUGAAACACCUGAAGCCGAAUCCAAGGAGUCCACUGAAGCCGAAUCUAUUGAAACUCCUGAGGCCGGAUCAGAGGAAACAACCGAAGAGACUAGCGAAGAGGUCCAGUCUCGUCUUUUCUGGUCGGUCUUCCGCGGUGCUUUUGCAGGAUUCUAA